GCGCGACGAACGCCGCCGCGAAAAUUUCGAAAAUCGAUCGACUUCGAAUUCUGUGCCAGUGUUGCUAGCUGUGAAAAUGAAACUUAUAUUUAUAUUCGCUAUCGCCUUGUGCGCCUUCGCAGCAGAGAUUGACAAGAAACAGGAAGCGGAAACUGCAGAAGUAGCAGACAAUAAGAAUAAAAGGCAAACCCAGCAGGAAUACGUGCCAGGAGUGUUGUAUAGAGUACCUAGGAAACAGAAAGCUGCACCCGUUCAGGAAUCCCAAGAAGAUGAUAGAAAUGCAAGAUCUGAUGCAGAAGAAUAUCGACCUGGACAGGUGAUCUCCCUAAACCCACAAGAGCUUCUAGAGCUGCAACCAGAGAGGAAGGCUCCGCUUAGCGGCAAUCAGCUCCUUCAGCAGCUGUACAGCCCACAACAACAACAGGAUCAGAAACCAGCUCCUCAGCAGUUCUUCUACUUAGAACCGCAGACUGCUAGACAGGUUGCCUACCAGCCAUCGCAUGCAGUGAUUGCUCGUCCUCACUUCACAUCGAAUGGCGGUGAAGCGUCAGUAGGAGCUGCCCUAUCAGUCAGCGAUUCAGGAGCAAGUUCCUCAGACUCCUUCGAUCAGGAACUACUGGCACUAUUAAGUCAUUCUCAAGUCAGAACAGAAGAACCCCGUCAACAGUACCAAACUCAGGUUCAACAGGCCGCGGCACAAAGUGUUGCACCACAAUUUCAACAGGUUGACAGAUAUAUUACAAAGCCUAGCAAAAAGCCAUCAAAACUGCGGCCAAAAGUCACCCCUCCUCAACCUCUUCCUGCGGGGGCACCUCAGCAAUAUUUAAUAGAAACUACCAAUGUCCAACAACAACAGCAACAACCACAGCAACUUCAAGUACAAUAUCGUCCUGCUCUACAGCCACAAAGACCUACACAGUCAUUAAGAUAUGUACCAAUUCAACCAGCUCAGGCUGCUGUUCCACAAGUUGUAUAUGAACGUCCAGAAUCACAAGGUCUUAAAAUAGUCCCAGCUCCAAAACUUGUACAAGAACCUCAUCAACAACAGGUGGCAUACAGAUUUAUACCUCAAUAUCAACAGCCUGAAGCUACUCCAAAACAAUAUAGAAUUAUUGAUCCCUCAAGACCUCAAGUAACGAGGCCUGAACAAAGAGCCCCAUCUAGCGCUGAGCGACCAGUAACAUAUUUAAAACGCUAUCCAGAGCCAGAAAAAAAUCGCGCUGUUAAAAUAUAUGAUCCGACUACUGUAGAGCUAGCAGCGGAGCGGCAAGCCCCUCAAGCAGGCGGUGAACAAUAUUAUUUACGCCCCGUCUAUAGAACGAACGAACAGCGUAUCAGAUAUGAAUCAGUGCCAGCCACAUCUGCGGAACAAGUUCGCACCGUAUUACCAACGAAAGCACCUCAUUCUGCUAUUUAUGUGAGCAAAAACGUUGGUUCAAAGAAAACCAGACCACUCCCGGCUAGGCCGGACCAAUCUGCAAGUAGUGAACAAUCUGAUCGAGAGCAGUCUCGACCAGAACAUAUUUCUAGAUUAGAACAAGUUGCUAGAAUAGAACAUGCAGCGAGAGUUCAACAAGCUGCUAGAGCGGAACAAGCUGCUAGGGCAGAACAAGUUGCUAGGGCAGAACAAGCUGCAAGAGCACAAUUAGCAGCGAGAUCGCAACAAAUCGCUCGUGUAGAGCAAGCUGUAAGAAUACAAGCUCCGGAACAAGUAGGUAUUGAGCAGUACGGUCAGAAUAUCGAUGAUCAACGAGCUCAAUUACCUCCACCUAAAAACAAUAAAGCUUACACACCAGAGGAAUUCGCAGCAUUAGUGGCUGCCGGCUAUGCUGUUACUCCCAUUCCAGUUAGCGCAAUAAAUGCUCAGCAAGCGCAAUCUAGAUCCUCAGAAGAAGUUCAAGUACCCCAAUUGAAACACCGACCUAUUUAUAGGAGACCCCAGUAUGUGCCUCUCAGAGGUGAUGACGCGCCUUAA